CUUGCUCCUAGGUUGUUAAGUCAUAGCCUCCCCUACUUUCUUUCACUUCUUUUUCAUCAUAAUUUCUACCUCAAACUUCUUAAUAAAUAUAGUUUCAAUUGUCCCUCAGUAUUAGAGUAUUGUUCUAAAGAACAAGAACAUAAAACAAUGAGUACAGCCAGGUUUAUCAAGUGUGUAACAGUUGGAGAUGGUGCCGUGGGAAAGACUUGCAUGCUUAUAUCCUAUACCAGCAAUACCUUUCCUACGGAUUAUGUUCCAACAGUGUUUGACAAUUUCAGUGCUAAUGUAACGGUGGAGGGUAGUACAGUUAAUCUGGGUUUAUGGGAUACUGCAGGACAAGAAGAUUACAACAGGCUAAGGCCUUUAAGCUACAGAGGAGCUGAUGUGUUUCUGUUGUGCUAUUCUCUCAUCAGUAAAGCUAGUUAUGAAAACAUUUCCAAAAAGUGGAUACCCGAGCUGAGACAUUAUGCUCCGAAUGUGCCUAUAGUGCUGGUGGGAACAAAACUAGAUUUGCGAGAUGAUAAGCAAUUUCUGAUUGAUCAUCCUGGAGCCACGCGAAUAACAACAGCUCAGGGUGAAGAACUGAAGAAAAUGAUUGGCGCAGUCACUUAUAUUGAAUGCAGCUCUAAAACACAACAGAAUGUGAAGACAGUUUUUGAUGCUGCAAUAAAGGUUGCAUUGAGGCCACCAAAGCUAAAGAAGAAACCACGCAAGAAAAGGACCUGUAUUUUACUCUGAUGUUUAGUAUUCUUAUAGAACAGAGUUGAAGCCCAAUGCUUUUAGUGUUUGCGAUCUCUAUAUAUAAAAA